AGCGAUCAGAACAGAAGGUAAACAAACAAGGACAGUAUGGUGGGCUCACAGUGGUGUCUGAAAUCUGACAAACUGUAAAGACUGAUGGAGCAAUGCGGCCAUCUACAGGCCACAGUGAGCUGAGGGCUGAUCUGACCCAGGAUCAGUCCAUGUGUGGAGUGUGUGAGCAGGUCCUGAGGGACCAAGUUGUCAUCACCUGUGGACACAGUUUCUGCAGGCAAUGCAUCAGCAGCUACUGGGGACAGUGUCCAGAACGGCCCUGUCCUCAAUGUGGGAAGAGACUUCGGACCAGCAGCAGCAUCAGCAGCUGCAUCGAGCCAUCCACCCACACACACUCUCCUACUCAACACCCACACACACACUGUCCAACUCAACGCUCACACUCACACCCUGCACAGCAUUCACAAACAGCCAUGGGACCUCUUCUUCUGCACAGGACACAGUCACCACUCCCGUACCUACAGCAAACAUCCCCAGCACCAUAUCAUCACAGUCCGGACGUGCGCCAACACUCACCCAUGAUGGAGCAUCUUCAGUACAUGCGAGGAACCCCUUUGGGUGCUCAUGGAGGGUAUUGUAGUCACACAGAUGUAGGGCCAACCCUGGGACCCAACCACGGCACCAUUGAGAGAAGUAGCCUCAUGUCACACCACUCAGUGAGCGCAAACAUCACAGCCCAUACAGGAAGUCAAAUCAUUGCUCCAAUAAUAACAGGAUGCCACAUAGGAAGCCUGAGUUUCAAGGAGGCACCCAAAGCCCCAGAUGAAGCCGCACUACGGAAGAUCUUGGAGAAACACAAGACCACAAUGCUGAAGAAGGUCGAGUGCAUAUGUGAGAAUUUCGGUCGCAAGAAGGAGAAAACUGCACUCGACAGCAUUUACACGGAUCUCUACAUCACAGAAGGAGAGCGUGACGAGGUGAAUAAUCAGCAUGAAGUUUGGCAAAUUGAUCAGGCCGCCAGGAGACAGACAUCGUGUGACACUCCCAUUGAUUGCAAUGACAUCUUCAGAGCCUUACCUGGACAGAGGGGACACAUCAGGACUGUGAUGACCAAGGGCAUCGCCGGCAUCGGGAAGACUGUGUCUGUCCAGAAGUUUGUCCUAGAUUGGGCGGAGGGCAGAGCCAAUCAGGACCUGAACAUGGUGCUUCUUCUUCCUUUCCGCGACUUGAAUUUACUGAGAGAUGAGCCGCACAGCCUUCACGAGCUGCUCUUUGGCUUCCACCAAGAGCUAAAUCCACUGAGAGACACUCUGAACUGUGAGGAUUUCAAGAUAUUGGUGAUCUUUGAUGGUCUAGAUGAGAGCAGGCUUCCACUGAAUUUCCAGAGCAAUCUGACAGUUCUCAACGCCACCAAAAUAACAUCUGUGGAUGCACUCAUCACCAGCCUGAUCAAAGGCAACCUCCUCUCCUCUGCAUUCAUCUGGAUCACCUCUAGACCAGCGGCAGCUGGUCAGAUCCCUGACGACUAUGUGGACCGCUACACUGAGGUUCAGGGUUUUGGAGAGCAACAGAAGGAAGAGUACUUCAGAAGGAAAUUCAGCGACCCCAGCGAAGCAGCGAGAGUCAUCUCACACCUCAAGAGAUCCAAGACCCUCUUUAUCAUGUGCCACAUUCCCGUAUUUUGCUGGAUCACAAGCACAGUGUUGAAGGAGAUCCUCAAGCAAGAUGGCGACGAUAUUCCUAAAUCUCUCACAGAGAUUUACAUAUUCUUUCUCCUCAUACAGACCAACAUGAAGAGUCAGAAGUACAGUGGGGGAAAGGAAAAACUAAGACCUUUGCUCUUGGCGUCGAACUCAGACAUGAUUGUGAGAUUGGCAGAGUUGGCCUUCAAGCAACUCCAGAAGGGAAAUCUCCUAUUUUACGAGAACGAUCUGGAAGAGUGUGGAAUAGAUGUGAGCGAAGCCUCUGUGUAUUCUGGGAUGUGCACUGAGAUCCUCAAAGAAGAUUCCAGAUUUUUCGAGACCAAGAUGUACUGUUUCGUUCAUUUGAGCUUUCAAGAGUUCCUCUCUGCUUUCUUUGUCUUCCACUCCUAUGUGAACAAACAAAUGGACGUGUUGUCAUUUUUCCUCGAUGAUCAGACACAACAUCAGGCAGAGAACUUGCCUUUGCACGACUUCCUCAUCAGUGCAGUGGACAGAGCUUUGGAAAGCAAGACUGGACACUUGGACCUCUUCCUCCGCUUCCUCAUGGGUAUCUCGCUGGAGUCCAAUCAGAAGCUUCUCCAGGGUCUACUGCCCACCAUGCUGAAAUCCCAGGAGAGCAUGAGCAAAACUAUGCAUUACAUCAAGUAUGCAGGAAGAGACCACCAUUCCCCCGAUCGCUGCAUCAACCUCCUGCACUGUCUGGCGGAAAUGAACGACGAGACCCUUCACGAGGAGAUCCAGCGGCACCUGCGAUCAAAGAACCACCCGGAGAGGUUCUUCCAGCCUGGGGAAUGCUCUGCUAUAGCAUACAUGCUGUUGCUCUCCGAGGAGGUCAUGGAGGAGUUUGACAUGAAAGAGUACAAGUCAUCGGCUGAGGGUCACAGGAGGCUGGUUCCUAUGGUCAGGUGCUGUAGGAAGGCACGGUUGGUUGGCUGUGAGCUCACACACCAGUCCGUUGAGAUUGUGGCCUCAGUGCUGCAUUCGGCAGGGUCGCCCCUCAGAGAGCUGGACCUCAGUGAGAACCGCCUACUGGACCAGGACCUGGACCUCCUCUCUAGGGCACUCAAAAGCCCAGAGUGCAAGCUCUGGAACAUCAGUCUGAGGCACUGCUGGCUAAGGGACAGACAUUGUGAAGCUCUGGCCUCCGUCCUGGGUUCAGGUGUGUCCUGCUUGAGGGAGCUGGACCUGAGUGACAACGACCUGCAGGACACCGGGGUGAAGACCAUCUCCUCUGGAAUCAGGAGCCCUCAGUGCAAACUGGAGGUUCUCAGACUGUCAUUCUGCGGCGUGACUGAAGAUGGUUGCGCCCAUCUGGCCGAAGCUCUGGACUCCAACCCGUUCAGCCUGAGAGAGCUGGAUCUCAGCUUCAACUACCCAGGGGAUGCAGGUGCCCGACUGCUCUUCUGUAGGCGAGAAGACCCCCUUUACAAGCUGGAGACUCUUAAUGUUGACCAUGGUGCAGUUCGCUGGUUGAAAUCGGGAUUACGGAAAUAUACCCAGCAGCUCACGCUGGACCCAAACACUGUGAACAGCCAUCUCUCUCUGUCUGAGGGGAACCGGAAGGCCACGUGUGGCUACGAGACGCUUCCAUAUCCCGACCACCCAGAGCGUUUAGAGUCUCGCCACGCCGUGCUCGCACAGGAAGCUCUCUCUGGCCGCUGCUACUGGGAGGCCGAGUGGUUCGGAGGCGGAGCUAACAUCGGGGUGACUUACAAAAGCAUCGUAGGGAAAGGGGAUGGAAAUUAUAGCUGCUUCGGUAGCAAGUCUUGGAUCCUGGAGCACAACCAGUUCAGCUGCCAGGCUCGGCACGACAACCAGGUCACGCUUGUAACGCUACCGCCGCCGACGCCUCCAUCACACAGGGUAGGGGUGUACCUGGACUGUCCGGAAGGCUCCGUGUCCUUCUACGUCAUCACCUCGGACACUCCCGUCCACCUGCACACGUUCCUCGGCGUCUUCCCGGAGCCCCUCUACGCAGCGUUCCUGGUGCACGGCGGGUCGCUAGUGCUCGGGUGUCAGUAGAACACCGUGGAGUCGGAUCCCUGGCUGGAUAAAGGAACAUCAUAGAAUUCCGCACACUGAAAAUGGAAGGCAACAAAUUUGACUAUUUUCCUCAUGGUCUGGUUUUUCCUCACGGAGCUUGUCUUGACACGUCCAGUGCUGUAGCUUACAAUCAGACAGAUAUAAGACUUUUUAUGUUUUGCAGUGAAUGGUCACACUGGCUACAAGAGGCAGCGACAACACUAGCAGCUUCACUGUGCUUUACAGGUAGUUGCUUGCUAACAUGCUAAUCAUGUAAACUAGGUGGCUGGCAGAUGGAUCGUAACCUACCUCACCUCAGAUGUAUGGUUUGGUUCAUAGAUUUAAAGGAGAAAUCUGUCAAGUUUUUGUUUUAUUUUUGUUUUUUCCCCCCUUUGUUUACGGAACAGUAUGAUCAUUAACAGUGUGAGAAGUAAUACUAAUAAACUGAAAAUAGCAACUUUGAAACUAAAAAAAACCCAACAACUAAAAAAUCAAAACAUAUUUUAAGAUGGCUAAAAUUUUAACACAAGUUAGCUUAUGAUGAUAGUAUUAUGGAGUGACUCACGAGCCCCUCAUGAGCCUACCGUGGUUGCUACUGCUGGUGUAAAAUGUUCUAUUUAGCAUGCUGUACUGUAUCAGCCACUACAGGAAGUCCCCAACCAAUAGCAUGAGGACUGGAACAUUAAGCAUGAUGAGUAUUAAGAGUAUUAAAUGUAGGCCUACAACAGUUAGAUAAAGUC